AUGGAUCUAAUUUUGUAUGUACAUCCAUCGCAUCGCGUGAGACAGUUAAACUUGCUUGGAGACCAAGCAGGCUCUACUUUCGAGAGCAAGAGAUGGAGAGACGAAGGAGACGAGUCAAGUUCACAGAGCAUCGUACGGUCACUUCCGUGCCAGCUAAGCCGUCUCAGUCACGGGGAGGAGUUUAGAUUCGGCGAAAGCAAAUCCUCCUCCGCCGCCGCAGUCAACGCAGCGAGGAGAGCUAGAUGUAAGGCGGCGGAGAAAGGCGGAAAUGACGACGUGUCAACAUCCUCGGUGAAUCCUAGGAAGUACAGAGGCGCGAGGCAGAGAAAGUGGGGGAAAUUCGCGGCGGAGAUUAGGGAUCCGGCGAGCCGUACUCGGAUUUGGCUGGGGACUUUCGUCGCGGCAGAGGAAGCUGCUAUGGUUUACGAAUUACCACCGAGCCGCGAUCCAUCUCAGAGGACAUAA